AGGUGCUCGGUCCUUCCGAGAAGCUAAGGCCGCGUUGGGGUGAGGCCCUCACUUCAUCCGGCGACUAGCACCGCGCUCGGCAGCGCCCGCCAGCACUCGCCCACACCAUGGCCUCGGUCUCUGAGCUCGCCUGCAUCUACUCGGCCCUCAUCCUGCACGACGAUGAAGUGACAGUCACGGACAUUUUGUAUCUCCUUUUGGAAUGAUUGUCUUGAAUUUGGACCUCCUGGUAGGCCCUUGGGGCCACGCUGCGACGUGUGGAGAGGAUAAGAUCAAUGCCCUCAUUAAAGCAGCGGGUGUAAAUGUUGAACCUUUCUGGCCAGGCUUGUUUGCAAAGGCCCUGGCCAAUGUCAACAUCGGGAGCCUCAUCUGCAAUGUCGGGGCCGGUGGGCCUGCCCCAGCAGCUGGUGCUGCCCCGGCAGGAGGUCCUGCCCCCUCCACCACUGCUGCCCCAGCUGAGGAGAAGAAAGUGGAAGCAAAGAAAGAAGAAUCUGAGGAGUCUGAUGAUGACAUGGGUUUUGGUCUUUUUGACUAAACCUCUUUUGUAACGGCCAAUAAAAAGCUGAAGUCCUUGC